CUCAACUCCCUCCCACGACAAAACAAUCCUUAUCCCUUCCACCUGAUCAGCCAUUUUGAUAUGUUAAGAGAAUCGGUUCCCUGCACGCCUCUGCUACUUCCCACCCAUAUCUUCUUUUCUAGCAAAAUCCUCCUCUCCAUCCAUUUCAAGCUCCUGUAGCUCACUCAACAUCUAAACCAUGCCCUCAUCCUUCACUGUCCCACCAUGUCAAGAUUCUCAAGAAACCAACUACCUGCAAACCCUUUUGGCCUCAGCUCGUCCUUUCCUUAGAGGAGAGCUAGAAUCCAUUGACAAGAACUUGCCUUCCCUCAUUUCUGUGUUACGUUCUGUUGGUGCUGGUGAAUGCUGGCACAAACAUGGCAGCUUUCUUGAUCACCUAGUUGACAUUUACCGUAUUCUCAAGAUAUGGAAAGCCCCUGACUCUGUCUGUCUCUGUGGCCUUUUCCAUUCUGCCUAUUCCAAUUCUUAUGUCAAUCUUGCUAUCUUUGAUCCUGACACCGGUCGAGAUGUUGUUCGCAACCAUGUUGGUGAGGCUGCUGAAAGGUUGAUUCACUUGUUUUGUAUUGUCCCUCGCCAAUCAUUGAUCCAUGAUGAUCUGUUGUUCAAGUAUUCUGAUAUAGAACUUGUUGAACACCUUAAAGCUUCUGAGUUGUCACUGAGGAAUGCAGAAGAUAAGGGUUUGUUCAAUGGAGAGGAGUCUUGGAGGAAGAAACUGGCUUCUCUUUUGCCUGCCAGUGGGAUAACAGUGAAGCAUAUAAAGACUGGAGAAGAUGUUUUAGUGACCAGAAGAAUGGUGGGUGUUUUUCUCUUGAUGACCAUGGCUGAUUUUAGUGAUCAACUUUUUGGUUUUCAAGAUUUGUUGUUUGAAAACUUUGAUGGUCGUCUUGAGUUUCGAGGGAAUAAUUUUGGUGCUUUGUGGCCUGGAGAUGGCAAGCCAGGGCUAUGGAUCAAUUCAGUAUCAAGGAUGGGUGCAAUUUACUCUCUGAUUGUGAGAGAGGAAGAGAUUUUUAUUGAAGAGAGGAAGAGGGCUGGUGGUUUUGAAGUUGACAGAGAGAGAGAUGAAGAUAUAGAGCUCGUGUUGGCACCAGUUUUUGAGAAUUGUACUCAAGUUUUGGAUGCAAGAGAGCAGAUAGUGGCAAGGGACUUGUACUGGGAAGCUGUUUGUGAUACCUCCAAGGGAGGGUUGGAGAGGGCUGAGGAGUUGUUGUUGAGAAGCAUUGAGAAGAACCCUUUUGUCGGUGAGCCUCAUGUGGUCUUGGGUCAAUUUUAUUUGACAAAAGGGAGGUUUGAGGAGGCCGAGAGAGAAGCUGAGAGAGGGGUCAUACUCUUGGUAGAGUGGGGCAGUCCUUGGGAUAAGAGGAUGUCUUGGGAAGGAUGGAUUGCUUGGGCCAGGGUCUUGUUGAUGAAAGCUAAAGAGAAGUCAUGGCCGCAGACAUCUUGGGGCAUCCUUAAUUUAGGGCUUGUGAGGUAACUGGUUUUGUCGCUCCAUUCAUGUGUGCAGGCACUAAAGAAGAUGCGCUCUACCUAGGUAGGUAGAAGGAGGCAGAGUCAAGGCACUCUUCCACCCUCUGCUUAGUUGGCCUGAAAGAACACAAUAUUUAGUAUUUUGUUUUGUGAAGAUCCAUUUACUUAUCCGGGUUUUCUUUUCAAUUGUGGACCUAUAAUGGUAUGGCUACUUUUCUUUUCCUUCUUUUUUUUAUUUGAUGACAAGGAUAUGUCAUAUUGAGACGACGGCUCCAA